UCUGUUACAGAUCGAAGCCACAUAGUGCACAUACUUUGCGCGACAAACUCAGGGAACUACAUUUCCCACUAGUCACAGACGCGCGCGUCUCAUGACUACUUCCGAGUCACGAACUUCCGGUUUGUUUUGUUGUUGUCUGCAACUCGUACAGUUGUGUUCGGGAAAUCUUUAUUUAUUUUAUUUCUGUAAACGUGUCGUAGUUAUGUAGACCGCUUAACACCGGCAGAUCAUCAGACCUUCCAUGAGCCGUGUUCGUCCCCGUGAGGAAACAGUGGACUGACACAGAGGGAGAAUGUGGCAGAGUCUGGGCUUGACCGUGCUGGUCAUCGUGGCCACUCUGAUCUGCGUGCUUCUCUUCAUGCUCUUCGGAUGGUAUGUGGUGUGGCAGCUGUUCCUGUCCAAGUUUAAGUUCUUGCGGGAGCUGGUUGGGGACACAGGCUCUCCACAGGCUGAAACAGAACCCUCGGAAUCGGAGAGCGAACGCAGCUCCCCUCCGACGCCUCGCCAUCGAACCAAACCCGCACGCCAAAGAGUUGCUUUUCCGAGCAGCGCUACCUAAAUGUCAAGAAAGCACCGUUACGUGGACAGUUUCAGAUCACUUGCCCCUUUUAGAUCUUGCCAAAAAUAACAAAAAGGGGUGCCAAGCAAAAUUCUUCAUGUCCAUGUGUCUAGUCUUAGUCCAUACACUAUUCUUCUCCUUUCUUUUGAUCGGUUCGAGACGACGUCGUCUUCUCAGAUCACUUCCAGGACGUUAGAGAUAUACUGCGAUCAAACACACGUCAUCUAUUUAUCUUGGGGGAAAAAACAUAUAGGAAGACACUUGAACUAAAAUCGUGAUGUUGUUCUGUUUGAUUAACCCGCCAUCAUGCUGCUAACCACGUUCACGUUACCACACGCAGACUGCUAAGUGAACGCGAACUGGCAAAGGAGAUAUAAACCGUGCUCCGAAAACUAAACGUAUGAAGCAAACUGACAAAACGCGGUUUCUUUCAGACCGUCCGAAGAGGAUUGUGGCAGUCAGGUAGAAGAAACUACCAUCUGCCAUCGGAAUCAUAGGAUUCGCACGGUAAAUAUUAAUGUCAUUAAUAGUCGAAUCCUGAUCCUCCAGAGCUCCGAUUUGGCGCCACUGAAAUGGCCAAAAGCAGCGUUUAUGUUUUAGGAUCGUUUCUGUUACGGCAGGAAAAGCAUUGUUCCCCCAUUCAUAAUAAAAGUAUUGGAUAAAA